AUGAACAAAAUGAAUUUGUUUCAGUUUCAAACCCAAGGGAAUCCUAAUCCUAAUUCGAAUUAUUCUUCUGUGGAAAUAGGUGCUGGUCCUUAUCACGAUUGGGAACUUUUUGCUGCCGACUAUCGGGAUAUGUUGCAAAAUUUGAAGAUUUUUGUAUAUUUCGAUGUCUCCAUGAGCGAUGAAUCAUCCCCUUUCGCUCGCAUUUUUCUUCCCCUUCCUGAUCCCUUUCUCACGACACACAUUCUCCCAAUGUUGACUCACCAGAAGAAGAAGCUGCACAAUCAGCAGCUCACUAUUCCAGCAUGGCAAGGAGCUCACGUUCAGCAUACCUCAGCUCCUCCUUCUAGAUUCUUCUAG